AUGAGGCAUAUAGUGCUAGAAGGCUGGAAAGUGAGCCUGCAGCGAUCCAUCAACGAUGCGAUGUUGGCGCGAGAUACCGGGGCGCCCAGCGGCGCGCCGGCGGAUGUGCGUUUGGUAGCAUCUUUGGGCGGGGGUGUUGCGGAGCGGUGCGCGCAUGGCAGCUGUGAUCUGGAGUUGCACGCGUGUUGUCCGCAUUGCCUGCAACAGCUUUGCUGCGAGCACUGGCGCUCAUCGCUUUGUCAUGAGCAUGGCAGCGCCGCGACCUGUCGCUGCGGGGAUUGCAAGCUGUUCGCGAGCGCGCGGACCAACACCUAUGCCAGCAACGCCAAUCAUGAAGAAGCGCUAGACAUCGAGUUGACGCCCACGCAGUCCGCGCAGAGCUUGACAAGUGAGCAGGGAGAGUCGCUUAUGUUGGCGGAGGACGACGGGCAUGAAGAAGAAACUGGCGCUGUAGAAGGCAACCCGUCACAGCGUGACAGCAAUGGUAGCAACCGCUCGUGUGUGAAGGUGAGCCGAGUGCGCCACCACACGCUGCGUCUGGGCUUGUCAGCAGGAUGCGCUGCCAAGAUGGGCAAGCCUGCGUUUAUAGGGCUCACGGAAGACGGUGCAAGCAAAUGGGAGCAGUGCGAGAGCAUCAAGCGGGAGUUCUCGUGCGGCAAUGCGCACAAGCCCGGGCAAGGUGUGGAGCGCGGGCGCGGUGCGCAAGCAGCUGAAGGGCCCAGCUGCGAGCCCUUGACGUACAGCACACCCGCUAGUAGUGCUGACAUGGGACGCGCUGAUUUUCGGCAUGGGUUUGACUUUGAAGCGCGGGUGACAACGUGGAUAUCAGACUACUUGGAGCGCAAGCACGAUUUUCAGCAGAGCGAUCUGAGCAAGCACGUCGCUGUCAGGAACUAUAUGAUCGGGCCUCAGCUGGACAAGAGUGGAAGAGGCUUUCACUACCAAGUGAUGACGCUGAUCAGACGCGGGUGGUCUGCUCAAGAUGCGCGUGACUGGACUGAGCAACUGGAGAUGGAUUUUCGCACGCACUUCCACAUGAUAGACCCAGCGCUGCUCGGCGGCUCUGCGUCAAGGUGCACAGUCGUGAAGCACCCCAACGGCGAGAAGCAUGCGGGCUAUGCGUGUCACUCGCAUAACAACCCGUGGCCAGUCAAGCAGUAA